UAUUAUGUCUCUUUCUCGGUAAUUCUCUCUCUCUCAACAUGGUAUCAGAGCCGGAUCCUAACUCUAUGCCGUCAAUAAUUGUUUGUCUCCACUGAUCGUUCACCUCCUUCAAAGAGAGUCUCUGUCAACGUGUGGCAGCCGUUGUUGGCAUAUCAUGUGUGUGUUUUUGUAUCAUACGAUCUUGCAUCGACGAUAGUUGUUGAUUACAGGGCCUGUAAUCCGACUCUUACUUAGAAGCAAGUCAUCUAUUAGCGCGGGAGAGUAAGCUCACCAUUCAAGGGAAUUCCUUCUCAAGCUCGGAUCCACGAUUGGAAGAUGCUUUUCAUUUUUACUUGCAGAUCUGAGAAAUAGAUAUGCGAGCAAAGCAGUAUUCACCGGAACCGGAACAAAUGCCCAAUCUCUCUUCUCGCCCAACAGCCCAGCACCUUAACUACCACGUUCUUAAUCCAGGGUCAAGUCCUUUCCCCUUUUUUCAAGAAUUUCCUUCACUUAAUGGAGCUUGAAAGCUGUUUUUCUCCCUCUGUCGGGGUUUCCCCCAAAUAGGACUCAAUAUGAGGCACGCCUAACACAACGGAAGAGACAGCAAUUGAUCGUUGAGGGUAGCUAUUCUAUGAGCGAAAACACUUGAUCCAAUAGUUCAGAUGCAAGUAGGCAAGAGAUCCUUGUCAUUACCACGAAUGAUUUUCCUUGGAAUUGUUCGCACGCUGAUCAAACACGAAGGGCAAGGAUGUUCGGCCCCACCACUAGACAGACUCAAAUUAACAAGCAGCGGCUCAAGGAAUUACCCUUCAGCUCCAGUAGAAACAGGGGCUUUAAUAGUCUCGGGAGGAAGAUCUACAAGGAAGAGAGACUGAUGAAGCUGUAUCAUGACUGGGUGAUGCAUGUGUUACGCCGCCUACGUUGUGACGUCAGUAAGAACGAAAAGAAUGAGGGAAAAGCUUAGGCACAGGAACAAGGGAAGCUAUUACUAACAAUGCCUAUUUCUUUCAUAGAUUGCCCCCAUUGGUGCGCCAAAUUCCUUAGAGAAACCCGCCCUAAGAAAUAUUACCACCAGCACGUGAGAAAGGGAUCUCUCUCUAUUUCUAUUUGCCAAAGCGACGAAUGUGUUCCAUCAAAGUCCAGCCGCAGCGCAAGUCACUCCCUAACACCGUAACCUCCACUUGCUUUGCUACCCUCAUCCUAAUCCCAUUCAAAGUGGGUUAACAUCAUCGAUCUUCCUUGUCGCCUUCGUUGUUCAUCGUUGCUAUGUGUAAAGGAUCUGGUUAACCCAAUUCAGCUAGAUUCAAACCGGGUUAAGUCCAACCAGUAUAAUUCAAUCUGACUGAUAAACAUGGUUUUCAGAUUAGUCCAGGUAGCUUUUUUCGUCGAGUCUGACCCAUUGGAGACUGAUUCCGUCUACUGUAUUGGUAUUUCUUGCUCUGUUACCUACUCCACUUCAACUUCUACUGUUAUGUUUAUUCUUCCAGCAAACUACUGGACAUGGCAGAUUCCAAUGAAAAAUUAAAUAAUCAUGUUGGGAUACAAAUUACUACUGUUAAACUUAGUAAUACCAAUAACUUGAUGCUCAGGCGGUGAAAAUAUUCUUAGGAGCUAGAAGUAAAUUCAAGUUUAUCUGGAUGACCCUCCACCCAAAACCGAUAAAGGGCUUGAUGAUUGGGAAACUGGAAAUUACAUGGUUAUGUCAUGGCGAUGGAAUAACAAGGAACCUUCAAUUGCAGCCAAUUUAUGUUUGUUAAUAUUGCCAAGGAAAUUUGGGAUGCAGUUCGUGAGAAUUAUUCUAUCAACAAAAAUGUUUCUCGCGUUUACUCUGUGUGAGAAAAUGUGCCUUUAUCGCCAGUCAGGUAAAAGCAUAGGUGAAUAUUACUGUGCUUUCAAAGGACUGUUAGAUGAGUUGAAUCAGUACCAGCCAGUGAGGAAUUUUAUGCAUCUAGUUUGGAGAUUUGUAUCUAAUCUCCAAACUAUUCGUAACCAAAUUCUUGCUAGUGAUGGAGGACUUCCAUCUCUGGGUAAUGUGUAUGCUCGUUUAUUUAGAGUUGUUGAAUCGUCAUCAUCUUCUAAAUCGGUUGGAAGAGAAAAUUCUGCUAUGUUGACCUCAUUUGGUAGUCAAAAUUCUAUAAGGGGUCGUGGUACUUCUAGUGGUAACCAAAACUAUGGAGGAAAUACGGUUAGUACUCAAGGACAUGGUGGUUGUGAUCAUGGUCAUGGAAGACGUGGUUGUGGCCGUGGAGAAGCCUGUCAUUGUGGAUAUUGCCAAGGCACCAAUCAUAACAUUGAUGCUUGUUGGGAAUUAUAUGGAAAACAAGAUUGGGCAAAUCAAGUGUCUUCUGACAAUGUUUUUUCUCAUCCUGAAGUCGGGAAAGAACAUCAAAUUGCAAAGAGAAUACCUGACAGUCAACAGACUCAAAAUCAUGCUUAUAAUAUCAAAUUGUUAGAACCUUAUAUUAUUCCAUUAAAAAUUAUUUUGAAUUUUCCUUAACCCCAAACUUAAGAUGCACAUUGUCCUUAAUGUGUGAUAACAAAAGAAAGUUAGAAAGAUAUUACCAGAAAACCAGACCAGCAAAGAUAUACCAAAAUGAAGCACAU